CUCGCAAGUGAGCGCAGAACCUAGCCCCGCCGACGAGCAGCAGCAGAUCAGCGCAGAUUCAGCAGGAGGACUUCGCCGAGAUCCAGCGAUCCACAAGAUCAAUCUGAUAUCGAUCGAGCCGCAUCGUCGAGCACGAAGAUUUCUCAUCUAACUCGAUUAAAAAAACAGCCAGACUUCACCCAACUGCGCCGACAUCGUAGAAUGGUAGAGAGUGAACUUAACUCAAAGCACAACCAUAAUUAUGGCAAAUUUCACUACUUCCUCCUCACAGUAUGCGGCUUCGUCAGCACCAGCGAGGAGAUGGACGUAAUCUCUAUGUCCUUCAUCCUACCUAGUGCACAAUGUGACCUAAAGCUCGAUACCCAAGCCAAGGGAUGGCUCAACUCGAUCAUCUUCAUCGGCAUGAUGGCAGGUGCUUACGCUUGGGGCUCUGUAGCGGAUGCCCUAGGCCGUCGGAAGGUUCUCAUCGCCAUCUCCUUCACGAAUGCACUCUGCAUCGUUGCCUCCAGCUUCAGCCAGUCCUACGAACUGUUUAUGUUCUUCCGUUUUCUAAACGGCGCCGCACUUGGUGGCAGUGGACCUGUGAUCUGGUCAUACUUUGCUGAAUUUCAACCAAAGGCAAAACGAGGCUCAAUGCUGUCCUUUAUGGCUGCAUUCUGGACACUUGGAAAUCUUUUUGUUGCUGGUUUAGCAUGGUCGAUCAUCCCUAAUGACAUUGGUAUCGUAAGUUCAUCGUUCACAUACAAUUCCUGGCGAAUCUUCCUGCUGAUCUGCGCUGCUCCAUCGUUUAUCGUCGCGGGGCUGCUCCUGCUGCUCCCUGAAUCCCCCAAAUACCUCUUGUCCUGCGGAAGAUAUGAGGAAGCGCUCGAUAUCUUCCGCGGGAUCUACGCCAUUAACACUGGCAAACCGCGUGAUAGUUACACGGUAAAAGAAUUAAUUUUGGAUGACUUCCAAGAACCGGAAACGAAGAAGAGUACCAUUGAGAAAAAUAAAUACAAAACAAUGCUCGCCGACAUCGUAGACAAUAGCAAGCAACUAUUCAUCUCGCCGAUACUUCGUUUCACCAUGAUAUCCAUCAUCAUCAACUUCACUUUUCAUAUUGGUUAUUACGGUUUGAUGAUGUGGUUCCCGGAAUUGUUCAAUCGUUUCGACGAGUAUCACCGCGAUCAUCCUGGCGAGAUCGCUUCGAUAUGCCAAGUGACCGACUAUGUGGUUCAAAAAGGUUCUCAGAGCAUCGAGAAUUUUUGCUCGGACAAAAUCGGCGCCUCCGUUUUUAUGGAAUCGUUGAUCACCGUUGCGUCCGCCAUACCUGCGAAUAUCAUCGCUGUUCUAGGAAUGGAUCGUCUUGGUCGCAAAUUCUUCUUAGUGUUCAGUACAUUUUCAUCGGGGCUCUGUUCAAUCGGAUUGUACUUCGUAUACAAUAAGCAUCAUAAUCUGAUCGUUUCGGCAAUUUUCAGCGGCGUGAUAAGCUGCGGAAACGCGGCCUUAGAUUGUCUAAUAACUGAAGUUUUUCCAACGCCACUACGCGCUACGGGAAUUGCUAUUUCCAUGGUUGCGGCACGUCUCGGUGGAAUUAUCGGUAACAUCGUAAUCGCUCAACUCUUGGACAUGUAUUGUCCAGCGCCAACUUUCAUCGUGGAGGAUUAUUGUGUUUAUUCUUACCAAACACAACUCGGGAACCACUUUCUUGACACCAGUGGAGAAUUAUAUCAGACCGAUUGAACCGAUGUACAGUACCUUUCAAUACACGCACCUUUCAAAUUGAUAAACUUAUCACGUUUCAGAGCGUUGUACGUUCAUACAUUCGUUCGCAUUUACUCAUGAAACGAUUCAUUGUGAACAAUGUACAUCCUGACGAAUUGAGCAUCACAUUCCUAUUUUACAUAUCAAUCCUUGAAUGACAAUAAAUAACGUAGUAUUAACAAUUAGAAUUUAUAGUAGAUAGUAGAUGAUAUUUUUUGGAGAAUAAAUGACACGAAUGCAGAAUUUUCUACAGUAUUUUCUUUGUAAAGAAAUAUAAAGGUUAUGCUAUUUCUAUCAUAUAUUCAGUACUAGAUGUUCGAUAGAACGUCGAUGUCACCCUUCAAUCGUGUGUGAACUUUGUUUACUGUCGUUAAACGUGAAAGAGAUGUACCUUCGGCAUCUACGCUGAUUAUUCAUUUUGGUGUUCGUAACAUUUUUGUUAUGUACUUUUAUAUCUCUUGUGUCCAUAUUUCAGACGUAGCCAUUAUAUUUAUAAGGUGUAACAAUCACGACAUGUUUGAAAUGUAAAACGUGGUGUAACAAUGAAAAAAAAAAAAAAAAAA